AUGCAAGGAGGAUAUAUAGCUGAUAUAAGAUCUUGUGGAACAGAAAUUGAUUCUACAAGUGGUUCGGUACUCACGAAGAAAUUUAUUAGAAAAGGAUCAGAACUCGCUGGUAGGAGAUGAGAAAAAAACAAAACAAUGUGAAGUGUUACGUCAAUCCAUUAUUCAUCGAUAGAUGAGGCUCUUUCUUUAUCAUCUCAUGUUAGAUGCAAGAAAGGACUUAUCCUUUUUCCAUCUCUAGAAGCACGCGAGUACUGGGAGCCCAGAAGAGGAAAGUUCAUUUUCUGGUAA